AUGCUCAUCACAGGGAUCGCUCAUGUAAACCUUACGGUGCUACCUGGCACUCUCCAUCUAGCAAAGAAGUUUUACGACGAAGUGUUGGGAUUUACAUCGGUUCCGGUGCCAGUCUUACAGAAGGAUCAUCUUGCUUGGUUCGACAUAACACCCCAAGGACAGCAAAUCCACAUCUCAGACUCUGGAUCCCCCUCAGAACCAAAAUCUUCUCGUCAUCCUUGUUUUAAGGUAGCGAGUUCAGAGGCUCUGAUAGAGUUACAGAAGAAAAUUUGGACUUUUUUUGAGAGUGAGGAGGCGGGAGAGGCGAGACCGAGAGAGGCUGAUAAGCCGGGAGAAGUUGAUAGUGGUGCGAAGGGGGUGGAAUACCCGAUUAGGUUCUUCGCGAGGGAUUUUGCUGGAAAUAGGUUGGAGUUUAGUUUGUAG